CCAGAUUGUUAACAUAUCCCUUGGAAUUUGCAAAACCAUAGGCAACAUGAUCGAAUCAAACUUGCUGUUGUAUACAUAAAUGGACCUUGAAUUAUCUAAGACAACACCAUGUGAUCUCUUUUAUGACCUUGUCUCCUAAUAAGUCCCAUGGCUACCAUCUCUUACACUUUCUCCACCAAUCAUUCAAGUGGCAUUAUGUUUAUAGCAUAUUCUAUUAUCUAUAUAUAUGUUCAUGGCUGCAAGCAAGCAGCAACACAAGUCAUUGACAUCCUAAAGCACAAGAAACUCAAAAACUUACAUCUUAUUUUCAUUUCUUAGACUAGUAUUUCUUCAACACAUACAAAAAUGGGUUUUCGGUUACCCGGUAUUGUAAGAAAGGCAUCAUUUACUUCAUCUUCAAAAGCUAUGGAAAUUCCAAAAGGUUAUCUUGCAGUUUAUGUUGGAGAGAAAAUGAAGCGGUUUGUGAUCCCCAUAUCAUACUUGAACCAGCCUUCAUUUCAAGACUUGCUAAGUCAAGCUGAGGAAGAAUUUGGUUAUGAUCAUCCAAUGGGUGGCCUCACAAUUCCUUGUGAAGAAAAUAUGUUCUUAGAUAUCACUUCUCGCUUGAGUUGAUGCUAGCACCAUCAAGAUUAGGCUGACUUAGAAAUAGAUUACUUAACACAAUUUUUGUAACAAUUUCUUACCCAGUUACACUGAGAAAGAUUUUCUCCAUUUUUUGUUAUCCUACUAUUCAUCUCAAUGAGAAAUUUAUGCACAUAAACAUUUGUCUCCCAUUUUCUCCUUAAAUCUAAAUGUAUUAAGUUCAAAGGCAAUAACAAGCACAAAGUGCUGUUCAUAAAAUCAAUUUUCACUAUGUUGUACAACAAGUGCAAAAGAACCAGCAGGUAACUUUUAUGAUGAUAGUAAAUGUCACGGCCCAAAAUGAGCCAUGAUCGGCGCUUAGGAAAAUAAUCCCCAAGCAAGCCUAACCGACUCAAAUAUAAGUUGAAUAAGAAAAUUACAAAUAUUUGAAAUAAAUUUACAAUGUUUAAAAUGAAUAAUUACAUAUUUUUAACAAACAAAAAAUAAAAUAAAUAUGAGUGGAUCCUGCCUGUGACAUAUGGAGCAUACAACGUCUAGGAACUCAACAAGGAACAAAUACCUAUUGUAGAUCAUAAUUCUUGGAUAGAGAGCUCACAUAUUCAAGUAUUUAUUCC